AUGAAGCUCUUCAUCACUUUGGCCCUCCUGUUUAGCAGUACUUUGACUGCAGCCCUGCCUGCGCCUAGCAAUACUGUAGACCCCGAGACUAUAGUCAACUCUCCAAUAUACCAGGCCUAUAAGGGCGCUUUUUCGGCCAAUAUUGGCGGGUCUUCUGAGAAUUCGAUCGUCACCCGAAACGACCUAAUUGACGGCAAGUGUAACGAUGUUAUCGUCAUCUUUGCCCGAGGCUCGACAGAGCCUGGGAAUAUUGGAAUCACUUUGGGGCCCGUGUUUUUUGAUGCGAUUGAGAAGGUUGAGCCUGGCAGAAUUAUUACCCAGGGAGUCAAUGAUUACCCUGCAUCUGUUAGUAGUUCCGCAAGCUGUACUAAAGAUCUCUUGGCUACCUUACUUACAAAAUCAAAGAUUUCCGAAGCUCUCGCCGGUGGAUCCAAGACUGGUGCUAAAUACAUGGCUUCUAUGGUCUCCCUUGCAGCAUCUCAAUGCCCGGAGUCAAAGGUCGUCCUUUCUGGUUAUAGCCAAGGAGCACAAGUCACUCACCUGGCUGCCGGAUACAUCCCCGAAGAUCUCUACUCAAAGGUUGCUGCGAUCGUUCUCUUUGGAGACCCAGAUGAUGGCGAUGCCUUCCCCGGCUCUUUAAACGACAAUGUCGCAACCUUCUGUAAGGAUGGGGACCGGAUCUGUGAAGGGUUCCCGAUCCCGAGUGUGGUGCACUUCACUUAUCAGAAUGAUGUAGGUAAGGCUGCUGUCUACAUCGCUGAAAGGGUCUGA